AAAACCUAUAUACAAAAAGCUACAUGAAAGAGUAUGACAAAACAGAAUAUGUCUAUAGCACCUUUCAUAGAGCACAGAGACACAUUGUGCUGUGGAAUCUGGAGCAGCAUCGCUCACUGACCCACACUUUCACACUCAUUCACCAGCUCCUUUGAUUAUCCCUGUCAGGAGCCUCCCAACAUAUGGUCAUUUUUCAGAAGAGAAUGUGACCUCCCUGAUAGUUCUCUUUUGAUUUUCCUCCGUAUUGCUAAAGGUGGGCUGACUGAUCCAUGCAGACGAAGGGGUGAUGGCAGUGAUGGACUUGUUGGCAGUGGCAGUAUGGGGACUGGCUGUCGUCCAGGGCGACCAGCUGAAGCAGGCCCACGCUCCUCUACUGCCACAUCGACCGUUUGUGGUGGUUUGGAAUGCACCCACUGAAUCUUGCCGUCUACGAUUUAAGGUGGAUCUGGACUUGAGUGUCUUUGACAUUGUUGCUAACCACAAUGAAACACUGAGUGGCCCAAACGUCACUAUCUUCUACCAUAGUCACCUGGGCUACUACCCCUACUACACCAGCUCUGGAGUUCCUGUCAGUGGAGGUCUUCCCCAAAACCAGAGCCUCAGCAAGCACCUCAAUAAAGCCAGAGCUGAUAUUGACAAGCUUAUCCCAUUCAAAGACUUCCGUGGACUUGGUGUCAUCGACUGGGAAAACUGGCGUCCUCAGUGGGUUCGCAACUGGGGCUCCAAGGACAUCUACCGGAACAAAUCCAAAGAGCUAAUAAAGAAGUCCCAUCCAGGCUGGCCACAAAGUAAAGUGGAACAUGAAGCUAAGGAGACCUUUGAGAAAGCUGGACAGGCUUUUAUGAACUCAACUCUUCUGCUGGCAGAGAGUCGCCGGCCACAUGGUCUCUGGGGCUUUUACCUGUUUCCAGACUGUUACAACUAUGGCUACAAGCAGCACCCUCAUCACUACACAGGAGAAUGCCCCAAUGUUGAGCAUGUGCGUAAUGACCAUCUCAUGUGGCUUUGGAAGGAAAGCACAGCACUGUAUCCAUCCAUAUACCUGGACUAUGAGCUGAAAUCUUCAUCCAACACUGUUAAGUUUGUACACUAUCGUGUCAAGGAGGCCAUGCGGAUUGCUUCAAUCGCGCGGAAUGACUUCACUCUGCCUGUGUUUGUGUACUCCAGACCUUUUUAUGCCUACACCUUUACUGUGCUGUCUGAGAGUGACCUGGUCCACACCAUAGGAGAAAGUGCAGCGCUGGGGGCAGCUGGAGUGGUCCUGUGGGGUUCAUCAGAGUAUGCUCGAUCUCAGAGAAACUGUCUGACAGUGAAAAAAUACAUCGAUGGACCACUUGGACAUUACGUCAUCAACGUAACCUCUGCAGCCAAGCUGUGCAGCAAGGCCCUGUGCAAGAAGAACGGUAAAUGUGUACGCAAGAGUCUGGACUCUGGAGCCUACCUGCACCUGAACCCACGCUUCUUUAACAUUCAGCUCAACCGAGGAACCCGCGGGCCACGCUUCCAUGUGAGUGGACACCUCAACCACCACGACAUUCUGGAUAUGAAGCACAAGUUCACCUGCCAGUGUUACCAGGGCUGGACGGGUAUCUACUGCGAGAUGCCACAGCUUGCACACCCACUGCCUCCCCGCACAAAGGACAGUUUCCUGGCGGAGCUGCUGCUCGUACUGUCUCUUCAUUUCUCCUGUCUGUCCGUCAUCAUGUUUCUGGGGCUCUGUCUCAUCAUCAAGUGUCUCAUCCUAUAA